UUAUCUCUAUCUUUUUAUCUCGUCUAUUUCUAUCUUGUGUUGUGUAGUCGGUAUUUCCUAGUUAUCUGUCUCAUUUGUUACUAUGGAGCGUCCACUGUGCCACUAUUGUCAACGUCCUGGUCAUUUUAUUCGCGAUUGCCGAACUCGGAUGAGGGAUUCGGAACAACGACCUAGGCAAGCUGGCAAUAACCAAGCUUCGUCAUCUGGAAGUCCGUCAGCUCAAAGGGCUUUGGUCCCCUAUCAAGCUCCUUCCAACGAUGUCAGGAACCAUCAUUCAUUUGGUGGCAAUGGAGGCGGUAGCAAUGGAGGCUAUGGAGGAGGCUAUGGAGGAUCGGGAGACUACGAAAAUUAUCAACGGCCAUGGUCGUCCGACUAUAAUGAUAGGAAUGGGAAAGUAGAGAAGAUGUGGAGUUGGAUGGCUGAGGAAAUCGAAGAGAGACAGCGAUUGAAAAGGGAGAAGGAAGAGAAUAAGAGGAAGGAAGAGGAAGAGAGAAGACGUGCAGAAGCUGAAGAGAAACGUCUUGCUGAAAUCAAGGACAAGGACGAGUUUAAGGCAAGCAUUGGAAAAAUGGUCGAAACGCAAAUGCAUUCUGUAUGCGAGGAGGUUCUUGGCAAGAAGGGAAGUCAAGGGGAGCAGCCUGUCCUUCCUACGACCAUAGAAAUUCGGAGGCGCACUGCCAGUACUGAGGCUGAGGGCAAAACGAUCUCCGAAUCUGACUCUUUGCUUGCGAAAGACGAAGAGAUAGCAAGGCUGAAGCAGGCUGUUGCAGAUAUGCAGAGGUUGUCACGACAACCUCAAGUGGUCCAGCAGGAGCAAGAGUUGACCGCGUUACGACUUGACAACCAACACCUGAUUCAGGACGUUAUCUGCCUGAAAGAGCAAGUUGGUGAGCUUGUGAAACUGACCAAGUCGGGCGGGAGUGCUGUUGUCGUGGGGAUGACAUCUGCGAAGGAGAAAGGCAAGGCUAUCCAUACCCCUACCGCCGGCGACUACGUCAAGCUAUCUGACGCAUACAGAAGACUACGGGAUGAUAGGGACAUGGCGGAGAGGGAGGUUCAAGACUUGAAAGAGAGAAUCAACAGGAUUAGCUCUUCAAGGGGUACUCCUGCAAGUGCUAAGAGGAAAAGGAUUAUGAGGAAGAGCAUUUCACCGCCCUCUAAUCUACGUAUCAGAUUGAGUAAGGCGGGCAGUCCUGUGACAGCCGGGGGUAGUGGAAAUGGGACCCAUGAGGGUCUUAAGUUCGUCAAGCUGAGGAAUGAAACGCGGGAUGAUUUCAAUAAACGCGUCUGUGCGGAGCUCUCAAAGCUGAAGAAGAAGGAUAUUGAGAGGCUGUGUGCCGAAGAGCAGCUGGAGUACGCGACCAUCGGAUCGUCGGCUGCGGUCAUUGCGGAUGUCUAUACGAAUCGUGCCUUUGGUAAGGUAAGUGAUGGCACUAAGCAACCCGAGGAUUCCAAACAUCGGAUGACUUGGCUGGCAGCAGCCAUAGGGACGAGGAUGAGGAAGUUACGGCUGGCGAUUGCUAGGGUCUGUCACCGAGAGUUGGUGAACUACGCAAUUUGGCUCUAGCCUGUACAGAUGCACGAGAUAGUACGAGACUGCAACGU